CAAAGAGAGAGCUGAUUGUCAACAAACAUGGCGCUGGUCGGAGGAGCUCUCCGCUUCAACCUGCUAUCAAACAGCCGCAAUAUCUACAAAUUCACCUCAUGUGUCGGUGUCCGGUCGGCGUCUGACAAUGUGUCAGCUAAACCCGUAACGUCCAGUGCCUCAGAGACACCGGGAAGCCAUUUAAUCUACACAGAAGAGCACUUUGCAUUGAAGGAGUCCCUCAGAAAGAUCAUCGACCAGGAGAUCAACCCCCACGUGGAUCAGUGGGAAGCAGAAGGGAAGUUUCCAGCCCACAAAAUCUUCAAGAUCUUAGGAACUGCCGGCUUUCUCGGAGUCAACAAACCAGUUGAGUAUGGAGGCUUGGGUCUGGACUUCAGCUACAGCAUCGCCAUUGCAGAUGAACUAGGAAACAUCAACUGUGGAGGCAUCCCCAUGGCAAUCGGUGUACAGACUGACAUGGCUACUCCUGCACUGGCCAGGUUUGGUUCAGCUGAGCUAAAGAGAGAGUUCCUCCUUCCCUCCAUCAUGGGGGACAAAGUGGCCUGUCUGGGAGUUAGUGAAGUCGGUGCCGGCUCUGAUGUCUCAAGCAUCAUAACCAAGGCGGUGAGGAAAGGGGAUGAAUAUGUGAUCAACGGGGGAAAGAUGUGGACCACCAGCGGUACCCAGGCUGACUGGAUAUGUCUCCUCGCCAACACCAGUGACGGGCCCCCACACAGGAACAAAUCCCUCAUCUGUGUGCCCAUGAACCUGCCAGGAGUACACAUCGCCCGCACGAUUGAUAAACUCGGUAUGUGGUCGUCAGACACAGCUCAAGUGUUCUUCGAUGACGUUCGUGUGCCCUGCAAGAACCUCAUCGGCCAGGAAGGCAUGGGCUUCACCUAUCAGAUGCUUCAGUUCCAGGAAGAACGGCUCUGGGCAGUGGCCAAUGUUGUGACGAUGAUGGACAACAUCAUCCAGGCGACCAUGCAGUACACACGGCAGAGGAAGAUCUUCAAGCAGCCAGUCCUCCACCACCAGGCGGUUCACUUCAGGUUGGCCGAGCUGCAGACGGAGGUCGAGCUGCUCCGCUCCCUCCUCCAACGUUCUACAGCAAUGUACAUCAAAGGCAAUGAUGUCACCAAGCUGGCAUCCAUGGCCAAAUUAAAGGGUGGCCGCUUGGCCAGGGAAGUGGGCGACAGCUGUCUGCAGUACUGGGGAGGAAUGGGCUUCACCAGUGACGUGCUGGUCAGCAGAUUUUACAGGGAUUCCAGGUUGCUGUCGAUCGGUGGAGGGGCUGAUGAGGUCAUGCUGGCAAUCAUCUGCAAGUACAUGGACACACUGCCCAAGAACUGAUGUCUCCAACACCUGAGCCAGGGGAACUGUUAAUCCACUGCUGAUAAUAAGAUAACCAUUCAAUUUAGCAAAUCUGUAUCAAUUUGAAUUUAAGACAUUGCUGUAUAAGAGCUUAAUGCUCAACAAUGAAAAAGAAAUUACUAACAUACACAAGGAAGCUGAUUGUUUUACAUUUUACCUCUUAUUGUUUUAACUAGUGUUCAUCGAAAUAACCUCACCUCAAACACAAGAAUGCAAAAACAUCAACAAUUUUGGGCACCCUGGACUUCUAACCCCCAAAAGGCACAACUAAACCACACUGUCAACCAUCAUGCCAAAUUUGAAGUUCAUAAGUUAAAUAGUUUCUGAGUUCUUCUCCGGAAACGAAACUGACGGAUGGAAACGCAGAGCGCUGUAUACAGUAACCCCGACAACAUUGUCGCGGGGGUAUAAUAAUGAAGCUCAGUGUGUUCUUGUUUUUCAUCAUGUUUCAAAUGUCAACCGCCUACAGUCAAAUUUUAUUAUGGAAUUUGUAAUUAUGGUUUUAAUGGUAAUUUUGUAGAAUAACUGUUAUGUAAAUUAAAAUAAAUAUCCUGCAAAGAU